AUGGCGCGCACGGCCAAGCGUGACGCGACAUCGCAGCAGCCAACUUCGUCUGGACUUACAAAAGAAGGAGAUGAGAACUCCAUGUCACAAAAUGAGAACAAUUUACCCCAACCAAAAAAGAAGCAGACAAGAAGGAAGGUAAAUAUGGCCUGCAUUUAUUGCCGAAGAAGCCAUAUGACAUGCGACGAGAACCGCCCUUGCCAACGAUGUAUUAAGCGCGACAUUGGGCAUUUGUGUCGAAACGAAGUUACGCCAUCAAAUUCUGGGUCAUCUCGGAACCGAAGCGCGAGGAAACAAGCAGAGUCCCCUAUUUCGCCAUCGUCGACCACGAUGAUUUCGCCGCAGGCUCUAGUGGACAUCGCCUCGAGUACAGGCCUUGUUCAUCAAAAUCUAGAGCAUUCUUUAAAAAAUUCUGGCAUGGUAACACUUGAGCAGACGCUGCGGUCUUCCCAGAGUCCUUCAUUUACGCAGGAUACGAUAAAUCCGAGUCUUUCUGCAACUUUUGGACACGGCAUGAGUUCCUUUCCAAUGGGCUUUGGCGCUUCUGGGGCGGAUGCUUCAUGGGAAUCUCAUAAAACGAAGCGCGAUAUGGACUCGACGGUGCCGCUCUUGCGCCAGCUGGAAAGCUACACAAAUAAUCCGCCGACAAACGCGGAUGAAUUGAGGGCUUUCAGUGGGACAUCCCAGCCUAUGUUCGGAACGUCAUCUUUGACGGUGCGCCCUUCUGCUGUGAAUGUCAACACAGGAAAGACAACACACAGACACGGUACGCAGCUGGGAGGUACAGCAUGGCUGGGUCUCGGAGGCUCAACACAAUUGACUGGUGAUGCUGGCAGUGGUGGCGAAAUCAACCUGCUAAGUGAGUUUCUUGAGUCACUGGAUGAUCGCCAUACAGAGGACCUGAUGUUGGUACCCCCCAAAACUGAGUCAUGUCUGUCUAUGAAUGGUUCGUUGCUUCAUCGACUACCAACGGAGGGGCUGCUGGAUUCGCCACCCUCAAUGGCCACGACGGACCCCAGUACAUCUCUUCCUGCUACAGACACGGGCCCCUUGUCGCUGCUGGAACCCCAUUCAUCGUUUCGCAUGGACAAUAACAAUUCUCAGCGCCCACGUCGGCAUUCAGUGAGUGAUGUUGGUUCUGGAAAACCGGAAGCAGCAUCGGAAUCAAUGGAGGAUCGGUAUGCAGAGAUGGCGGCUUCGGCGCCACAAAUACCGCCGCCGCCAUCGGCGCCUGCAGAGGAGCACUCUGCCCCGCCAUACCCUCCGUCGCUGAGUAAGACAGCAUCGAAGACAGAACGAUUCCUCCUAACAGCAGCUGACCAGACUGAUGGUAGUCGUGAUGAGCGUCUGCGGAAGGUUAUUCAAGCAAAAUGGGAAGCAGGUUUGCUUCGACCCUAUAACCAUGUGCACGGCUAUACCCGCCUGAACCGUUGGAUGGAAAACAAUGUGUCUGCUUCUUCCCGGCGGCGUAUCCUGAAGCUCCUUUCUGUCUUUCAACCUGUCUUUUCAUCACUGGCUAAGAACCUGACAAACUAUGACCUUGUUUACAUCGAAGAGGCAUUCGAGCGGCUGCUGCUGGAUUACGACCGAGUGUUUAGCAUCCAAGGGAUUCCUGCCUGUCUAUGGAGGCGCACUGGUGAAAUCUAUAAGGGCAACAAGGAAUUUGCCAACCUCGUGGGCAUGCCCAUUGAAUCUUUGCGCGAUGGACGCCUUUGUAUAUACGAGCUCAUGGCAGAGGAGAGUGCAGUAAACUAUUGGGAAAAAUAUGGCUCUGUAUCUUUUGACCCCAGUCAGAAGGCAGUGCUUACCAUGUGCAAGCUGAAAACGAAAAAUUGCGUCCUCGCCCGGGCCAUGGCCUCCGCGCAGGCGUCGGAGGCCGCGGAUAACUCUCUGCAAGAAAACCACCCUGGAGAAGGUGACACUGAAUACAGUCCUUCUACAGUAGAUGCGACGAAGAAUACGCCCGCAUGCAUCUCAUGCUGCUUCAGCUUCACGAUCCGGCGUGAUAAAUGGAAUGUACGUGAAAUCUAA